GGCCCUUUUCCGUCUCUGAGAAGUGUGGUACAGAACGGCUGACACAAUGACCUCGGAGUCCUGGGAGACUGCCCCAGCAGUGGCUGAAACCCCUGAAAUCAAGCUCUUUGGGAAAUGGAGCACUGAUGAUGUCCAGAUUAAUGACAUCUCCCUGCAGGAUUACAUUGCCGUGAAGGAGAAGUACGCCAAGUACCUGCCACACUCUGGGGGCCGUUAUGCCGCCAAGCGUUUCCGUAAGGCCCAGUGCCCCAUUGUGGAGCGUCUGACCAACUCCAUGAUGAUGCACGGCCGCAACAACGGCAAGAAGCUGAUGACCUGUCGCAUUGUUAAGCAUGCCUUUGAGAUCAUCCACCUGCUGACAGGGGAGAACCCCCUGCAGGUGCUGGUUAAUGCCAUCAUCAACAGCGGGCCGCGUGAGGACUCGACCCGUAUUGGUCGUGCUGGUACCGUUAGGAGACAGGCUGUUGACGUGUCCCCCCUGCGUCGGGUCAACCAGGCCAUCUGGCUGCUCUGCACUGGAGCAAGAGAAGCUGCCUUCCGGAACAUCAAGACCAUCGCUGAGUGCCUCGCCGAUGAGCUAAUCAAUGCAGCCAAGGGUUCAUCUAACUCCUAUGCCAUCAAGAAGAAGGAUGAGUUGGAGAGAGUUGCGAAGUCCAACCGUUAAAUGUUUGUUGCUCUCAAAACUUUUAAAUAAAUUGGAAGAACUU